ACAGAGUGUUAAGUAAUAGCCUGUUCAAUGUUAUCGUCGAUACAACGGUCAAGAGCGUCAAGAAUAAAAACACGUUAUUUCAAUUUCAGUUAAAGAGUUUAAAAAGUGUAGAAAUAAGUUAAAUUAUAGUUUAUGUGUGUUUAUUUUCGUUAGUUAAUGUAUUCAUUCACGUAAAAUAUCUAAGAUUAUUAUUAUUUAUUAUUGGUAUUUCUCAUACUUACAUAUGCUUUAAGUUAUCAUGAUGAGUGACCAACGAUUGGACCUCUUGUUGUUCGGUGCGAGUGGAUUUACGGGAAAUAAGUGCAUUCCGUAUCUUUAUACGAUAACUAAGGAAAAUGGACGGAACUUGACCUGGGGAAUUAGUGGGCGAUCGGAGGAGAAGCUGAGGAAAGUAUUAGAAACGAAUGGACAGAAACUUGGUGCUGAUUUGUCAAAUAUACCAAUAAUAGUGACAGAUGUUAAAGACCAAGAAUCGGUCAAACAAAUGGCAAAGAAAGCAAGAGUCGUAAUAAAUUGUGUUGGCCCAUAUAAAUAUUUAGGGAAGCCUGUAGUGGAAGCAUGUAUAGCUGCUGGCACUCAUCACGUCGAUGUUACGGCUGAACCAGAAUUUGUAGACAUACUUUCUACGGAUUGCCAUGAAGCUGCUAAGGAAAAAGGUGUUUAUGUGGUAACCACAUGCGGCAUGGACUGCAUUCCUACAGAUUUGGGACUAUCUUACCUCGAAGAAAAAUUCGAUGGUGUCCUUAAUUCAUUAACAGCAUAUUUGGAAGCCUGGCAAGAAGAUAAAAGUAGUAGGUUGGCAGUAGGUUAUGGCACUUGGGCCAGUCUUGUGCAUGGAAUGAAGCAUGGUACACAGUUCAGAAGGUUAAAGGAACGAAUGUUUCCUGGCAGAAAACCUGCUCCGUUUCAACCGGAGCUGAGAGUAAACUAUUUCCCUCAUCAUGCCAAAGUAAUAGACGGGUGGUCACUAGUAUAUCCUGCAGUGGAUAAGCAAGUCAUGAGAAAGUCACAAACUUAUUUAUAUGAACAUGAGAACAAACGUCCGGUACAAGUUGAAACCCUCAUUAAUAUUAAAAGUACACUUCAUUUGAUAGGAAUCUCUAUAGGAUUUUUUAUAUGGAUGUGUUUUGCUCAAUGUGGGUGUGGCAGAUAUCUUCUACUUAAUUACCCUAGACUAUUCACAACCGGUCUAUUCAGCAAAGACAAAUGGCCCGAAGAUAAGAUCGUAGAACAGUGUAUGUUCCAGAUAACUUGGUACGGUGAAGGAUGGAAGGAGAAGUUACCGGAUAAGGAUGCUCAGUAUACUACGCCUCCUAACAAAAGUAUAGUUGCCCAACUUAAAGCUAAAAAUCCUGGAUACGCUCUUACUUGUGCUGGAAUUGUUGGAUCAGCUGUUAUGAUCUUGACUGAGAGAGAUAAAUUACCACCCAGUGGAGGGGUCUAUACUCCAGGAGCUGCUUUCCGGAAGACGUCUUUGAUGAAGCUUUUGAUGGAUUAUAAAACAUUGACUAUCGACAUUCUAAGUGUUAACGAUUUGUAAUUUCUGUAUUUUAUAAAUAUUUAUUAAAAUUAA